AAGAGCCAAUCAAUGAGUUCGACCACGGGAGCGCGGCGGACCUCAGUGAGAGCAGUUUCCGUUGGGGAGGCAGAGGGAGCAACGUCAGCGUCGUAUGUGGGAGCCGUUAGAGCAUCAACGGGGAGACUGAAACUCUAAAUAACAUCGAGAUAUAUCUUCUUUUUUCUUUUUCUAAAACCUCUUUUCUGAUUUUAUACGCUUUCGUUGUGUUAUUUUUUAUUUUAUUAUUUAUUUUUUUUGGAAGACAAGCGAGCGAGGCUUCACUGCGGCUAAAUCAAUUUUCCUCUUCCAGACGUGGGAAUUACAAUGAAAAAUGUAAGGUGACAUUUUCUUUAACAGUCCAGGAAUCACAACAGGACACAAGCGAAGACGACAAAAAGGAGAAAGCAGGGGGGGAAAAUGGUGACGGGUGCCGCAUCUAUAGGAUCAGCAUCCUCUCUGUGGAGCCCCCUGCGUAAAAGAAAAUCAGUGUGAACACGUGGAUGUGAACCUGUGAGGGGAAAAAACAAAAAGACUUGAAGAAAGCAGAGAAAAGGUGGAUCUCAAGAGGACUGUCCCUGGACCACAUGGAGGUUUUCUGGGGGAUUUUCUCAGCUUCUUUCAAAGUUGAGGCUCCUCAAUAACUAUUCCUGCUCCUUUUCCACUAUUUUUACUUUAUUGUUGUUGUCGGGGUUGAAGGUCACGGACCUCUUCCCUCCUCGUCUGCUCUGUUUUGUUCUAAGCGAGACCAAAACCAGGUGCCAAACUGACUGUGUCAAGAGAAGAAGCAAAAAAAAUCUAUGAAAAUAACCGCCACCAAAUCAUCAUAAGAAGAGUUCAUUUAGUCAUUUAUCUUUGAAAAAGCCUGAUUUGUAACUAGAGCACAGCUUUAUUUCAACCCACAAACGCAUUAAGACAUCCAUUAAAGUCGUAUUUAAUCUCAGCACAUUCAUCACAGCAUAUUGAAGAGAUAUUUUACAAAACAGAUCAACCGUGAAAACUUAAUAUCCGUCGUCUUCGGUCAGUGUUUGCAUAUAGUUGCUGCUCUUAAUCCUGAAACGGAGAUUUCUUACACGAGGACGAUGAUUAGUGCAUUAUUGGUUCAAAGUGCUUUACAAACAGAUCCUCCAGCUGAUGGUCGGCUUGUGUGUCACACAGGAGGCGCGUGGUGAGCAGUGAUAACUCGCCGCCGCGCUCUGACGCCGUCCAAACACUUUAAGGCUUCGGCAGGGCGGCGUUUUUGACUGAUAAAUACAGGCACCGCCACCGCCGCUCCUGCUGCUGCUGCUGCUAUCUCAAACGCUUGGAGAUAUAUACCGCCGUCUCAGUCUGCGCUGUGAAACACUGUUGACACUUUGCCUAUCUCCUUCUUCCAGUCGCUUAUAUACGAGAGAAGCCUCUCACUCUUUGUCGUCUUCUGUUUCUUCCACGUUUGGCGCUCGAUUACGCCACGCUGAAAAAACCUGAAAACCCCCCCCACCACCACCCUCCCUUUAUCUAAUCCCAGUGACCUCUUCAAACUUUUUUUGCAUUCUUCCUUUUAUUCUACGAGAAACAUGCAAUUUAAAACCUUUCACUGUAUUUACAUUUUUUGUGGAAGGAGUUCAAGUUUGUAAAAAAAAAAACUUAAAAAAGGGAAACAAAAGGACAUAACCUUUAAGCCAUACUGAACACCAGCCAUACAGAUACCUUUCACAUUUACAGAACACCUCACAAUGUUUAAGACUUCUUCAACAAAGUGAUCCUCAAACACAUCCGUGCACAUACGCGUUCAGGGAGCUAACUGAGAAGAACCCUAAGUUUCAUACAUUUGGAUGAAAGAACAGCUUUGUAACUCGUUUUUUUCUACCUGUGUCUUUCUGAGUGCACUAAAUCUGUGAGCGGACCAGGUGCAGCGUUAAGCCGUGGCAGUGAAGGUGAACCCCCCCCCAGCAGAGUUCCCGCCGUCGUCCCCCCGUUGUUCCUCUGUGUUGACGGAUGAAUCCGGACAUUUUCAUGUCUGUUCUGUGGGCAGAACCUCGCUGCCCUGCUAGAACCGGGCCCAAGCCCUCCUUCGUUCUCUUCUGUUGGGCCAAGCUAAAUUCAGAGCAAAGACACUCACACAAGGGUAUCGAACGCACAUAGAGCCUCCCGUUUUUUAAAAAGAAAAUCUUUUCUUUGUGUAAUUUUGUUUCUCGCUAUUGAUCACUCUUUUGUGAAUGCCUUGACAUGCUCAUCUAUUGAACUGAUCUCUGUCCUCUGGUAGCUGCUGGAAGGACUUUUCUUAAAGAUCUGAUGCUGCUCAGUGCUUUCAUUUAGCAGCACCUUUAUUCGUCGAACUCACCGUCCACUCAGUCACUGUUCUGCUAUAAUUUAAACCAAAAUUUACACGCAUAUUGACCUUUACUGAUUCUCUUCCUCCCAAACUGUUUUGAAAAGGAAGAGCUUGUUUAUUGGCAAAAAUUUGUGAGCAUGGUGUAAAAGGAAUACAAAUUUUAAGCCACAGCUUGUGCCAAAUUCAGAGUGACUUCCUCUCAGCUGGUUCACUAAACAAAGCUGAGAUCUCCAAAGCUGCCAGCACUGUUGUUUACAGACACGAGACACACAGAGCUUGAAUAUUUGAUUUGAUUAAUUAUUUUUCCAUGUAUGAUUUGUACACAUCAGUUAUCCACAGGACAACAGAAGUGCCAAACACAAACCAGAAUACACGUGACAUCCGUUCAAGCUCAUCAAACGUGAAAGAUAAAGUUUACAUACAGCGCUAAAUGUUUACAGACUACAUUUUCCAUCGCAAGUUUUUCUUACGUGAAUCGUAACUUUCGUGCCAUAAAACGACUCCCGGAGAACUCUUCAGUAGGAGGAGUCAUUAUAUUAAACUAGUUUACAUUUUGUUUACAGGAAAUGUAAAAAAAAAUAAAAUAAUUUACUGCCUAUUUUAAAAGAUUUUGAAUUUUGGCCAGUGGACUGUAAACCGACAGACCAAAUUUAAAUAUCCGACACCCGCUGCCAUAAAACAAACCUACAUUAUUCUAUAUUUAUAAUCAGUUGGAGUUUUCAUUUAAAUUGAUUAUUUAAGAACAGGCAGUUUGUAUAGGGCCUAAAAACUCUGAAAGACCUCAAUGUUUACAAAAGCUGCUUAAGGGAAGGAUUUGUACACAGAGAGAAAUGUUUACAUUAAGCUGAAAGAGUGAAAUGCCAAACACAUUCAUGAUACAUUAGCUUGAACAAAGUGAAUCUGCUCGACUCCAAGAGAAACCCUGCGCUCCUGUGCUGUGUGCGUGCACAACAACGAGGGAUUAGUGCAUCUGACUGGAGUUAAAACUUUUUUUAUAUAAGUCAAGAAGCCGCCACCUUGGAAGAGGACGCUGAUAAGUCACAGCGCAUUAGGAGCUGUUAAUGUGAAUUCAUUUCUUUUUUUAAACGACGGCUCAAGAACUUUGUGAUAAAACAAUGAAAUCAUCAAUUUCAAGAGGGAUGUUUUGCUUGUCCCUCGCUCUCCUGCUUUUCUCCUGCCUGGCUGUUUCCACGGUAACCAUCACCACCGAGCGACGCGCUGUCGAUGGCGACGUCAGGACUCUGACCAGCAGCAGUGGCUCCGCUGCGGCUGGUAAAAGGAGCACCACCAUGUUCCUCCUGACCGGCUACAAGCGGCCGCUGCCCCCGCUGCCCGCCGGACCCAAAGUGGCGCCGAAAGCAGCCGAGGUGGAGGACGGAGAUGAUCCACCAGCGGUGGCCGAACUCCCUCCGAAGCCCCUCCCUCAGACCAUGUUGCCAAGGAACAUGACGGCCGACGCCCUGAAGCCUCCGCUCGGUGCGGCUCAGGUGGCUCCACCUCCCAGACAGCUGGUGGAUGUGGACGUGUGCAGGGGUUACUACGACGUGAUGGGGCACUUUGACAGCACGUUCAACUGCUCCAAGGGCAGCUACAUCUACUGCUGCGGUACCUGCCACUACCGGUUCUGCUGCGAGCACCAGAGGAGCCGGUUGGACCAGGAGUCCUGCAACAACUACAACUCCCCCGUCUGGGCCGACCCACAGGUCCCCGUCACCGUGCCCGUGGGCAACAAGCCCGACCCGGACUUUGAGACGCUCCAGCAGCAGAACAGCAGUACGGCCUACGUGAUCGGAGGGGUGAUCUCCUUCACGCUGGUGGUGGCGGUGGGCGUCAGGAUCGCCUUCAGCAAGGUGGCGCGCCGACCCCGCAACAGGGACAUCAACAUGCCCAGAUCACUGGUGGAUAUCUUACGUCACCAGUCGAGCCCGGUGCAGCCGGGAGAGAGGAACAACACCACGCUGUUGAGCGCCACCACCUCAGACGGACGAACAUCCAAAAACCUCUACACCCCCGUCCUGCAGAGCAAAGACAACCGCACUGGGACUUUGCACCACCAUUUUAACCAGCAGGGGUCUGCUUCCAGCCCCAAACACUCUGCUACCAUCGAACGAGGACCCCGCAUGAACAACACCUCCCAGCUGUCCUCCGGACCCACCCUGCUUUCGGGUAGUGGUAAAGGUCCCGGUGGCGUCGGCGUUGGUGGCGGCAGCAUCAUGGGAGGGGGCAUGAGACACAACAGCAGCCACCCUUCCUUCUCCCACUCCUUCCACAACCUGGCCCAGCUGCCACCGUCCUACGAGCUGGCCAUGAAACCGGAGAUCAGCCGCUACAGCUCCUUGAAGAGGCUGGAGAAAGAACUUGACGAGUACUCCAGCUACUACAGCUCCAAACGUCGCUCCAACAACGCUCCGCCCUCCUUCCACUCCUCGCAGCACCACCUGCCCUGGGGAGGCGAGUACACGCUGGGGUCCAGGGGCACGCUGCCCCUCCACGGCUCCCGGCCCCGCAUCCACAUGCCUGCCUCCACCCCGAACCCGUACCCGCUGCCCGCCCAGAGUCAGUACACCAACUCCUCUUUCGACAGGCCGCCGCGCCGCGUCCGCUCCCAGGACCAGCUGCUUGCACUCGGGGAGGGCACGCUGUCCCGCCUGUCCAAGAACCAGCAACACCAGUACUACAAAGCCAUGAUGAGCACCAGCAGGGGCUCUAACUCACAGACGCUCCGCAGGUCCCACGAGAGGCUUCUGGUCUCACCUGACCGGCUGGAGGACCAGCUGAUGGCGAUGGGUCUGAUGGUCGGAGCAGGCGAGAGAGGAGGAGGAGGAGGAGGAAGCGGGAUGGUGCCCACCAUGGGCCGGCUCAGCCACCACCAGAAGGCGCAGUCGCAGCAGAACAUCUGCGCCACGCCGUCGUUGGACCGCCACCACAUGAUCAAGAUGAACUCCCACCCGACACCAGGCCACGACGACGACCGCAGGUCCGGCGCCAUGCCCGGGAUGGGCAUGCACGGCGGCUGGGACCCCCACGGGGGCCACGGCGGAGGCGGAGCGGGGACGGGCGGAGGCCACCCCAACGCCCGGCGGAUGGCUUUCGCCAACAAGAGGCAGAACACCAUCGAACAGCUGCACUUCAUCCCCGGAGGAGGAGGAGGAGGAGGAGGAGUGCAGGGACUGCGGACUGGGAGUAAGAACGAGGUGACAGUGUGAGAGGAAGAGGGAGGUGAAGAGUAGAGGAAGAUGAAGAGUAGAGAGGUAAAGGCUGACGCUUGUAAAGAAGCUGGAGAGACAGACAGCCGAAAAGAGGCAUUUAGUGAGGAAGAUGAAGUGGAGAGAUAA